AUAACCAUGUCGCUUUGGGCCCGUGUAAAUCAACUUCCAAGCCAUAUUAUAGAGCAGAUCCGUUUCAUCUAUGGGGCCAAUUUCCCCAUCGAAGUACGCCACUAUCUGGCGGAAUGGAUCGAGGAACGCCUGCUAAAUGCUCCCGUGUUUGCUGACCAGGAAGGUGCGUGCGAGCAGGAUGCUGCGAACUUCGUCAACCAGUUGAUAAAUGAACUCGAACGAAAAGCAGUUUCUCUGCCGGAGAACAACAUCACGAUUAAAAUACGACUGAACGAGUCAGCACGUAACUUUCGACAGUUGUUUUCACACAAUCCCUCCCAGUUAUACCAUCACCUAAUAACCUGUCUACAACGCGAACGUCAAUGUGUCGCAUAUCCGGAGGAGUGCGCUUCGGUACAAGACUCCGAGGUAAACGAGGUUUUCACCACGUUACAGCAGCUACAAAUCAUGGUGAGGUCCAACGAGAAUGACAAUCGUAAUCUGACGAAAGAGUACGAGCACUUAUUACUGGAGGUGCACGAGUUGCAGAAGAAUCGUGCACAAAUAGACGCGGUAGAGAAUCCGGAGAUGCGAGCGCAUCGACACAGUCAAAUCACUCAACAUCAGAAGAUGGUCAGCGAUCGACUGCAAUUGUGUUCUGGCAGGCGAAUUGCUUUGGUUGAAAACUUCAGGAAAACGAUCUUGAUCACCAAUGAGAUGCUGAACAAAGUGUUGAACAAGUAUCUUGCCCAAUGGAAAAUCAACCAGGGUUUCGCUGGAAACGGCGCGUCUACCAUCAGUGCAAACAACCUGGACACUAUUCAGGCUUGGUGCGAAAGUCUGGCUGACAUUAUUUGGAAUACUCAAGGUCAAAUUCGUCUCGCUAUCAAGAACAAAUCUAAGCUGCACGUAGAGCAAGAAGAUGUACCGGAUGUACUAUCCCAGGAGAUAGAAGACGCUACCAGUUUGCUAAAAACACUUGUAACAAGUACAUUCAUUAUUGAGAAGCAGCCGCCACAGGUGAUGAAAACUAACACUCGAUUCGCCGCUACUGUCCGCUUACUCGUCGGCAACACACUCAACAUCAAAAUGGUGAACCCGCAGGUGAAGGUUUCUAUUAUUUCUGAAGCGCAGGCCCAGCAAACACAACAAUUAAACAAAGCUUCAGAACAGUCGUGUGGCGAAAUAAUGAACAAUAUUGGAAAUCUCGAAUAUAACGAGACGACCAAGCAACUGUCCGUUAGUUUUCGCAAUAUGCAGCUAAAGAAGAUAAAACGGGCAGAGAAAAAAGGAACGGAGUGCGUAAUGGAUGAAAAGUUUGCCCUUCUGUUCCAAUCAAGCUUUGCUAUUGGUCACGGAGACGUAGUAUUUUCGGUUUGGACUAUUUCGCUACCGGUCGUCGUUAUCGUACACGGUAACCAGGAACCUCAAUCGUGGGCCACCAUCACAUGGGACAAUGCGUUCGCCGACGUCAAUCGCAUCCCUUUCCAAGUGCCAGAUAAGGUGUGUUGGAACAAGCUGGCAGAUGCGUUAAACAUGAAGUUCCGUGCUUCAACUGGUCGCUCGCUGACUUCGGAAAACAUGCACUUUCUGUGCGAGAAAGCAUUCAAAACCAGUCUACCGUUUCCGGUUCCGAACGAUUUAACUAUAAUGUGGUCGCAGUUCUGCAAAGAACCGAUCCCAGAUCGUUCAUUCACCUUCUGGGAAUGGUUCUACGCCGCCAUGAAGGUAACUCGCGAGCAUCUUCGCGGACCGUGGAUGGAUGGCAGCAUCAUCGGGUUUAUCCAUAAAUCGAAGGCUGAAGAUUACCUUCUGAAGUGCUCCCGUGGCACCUUCUUGCUACGCUUUUCGGAUAGUGAGCUCGGUGGUAUUACUAUCGCGUGGGUGAAUGAGGGCAACGACGGGCAACCACAGAUUCUUCAUAUUCAGCCGUUCACCGCUAAAGAUUUCUCCACUCGUUCGCUCUCAGAUCGCAUUCGCGAUUUUGACGAUUUAUACUACUUGU